AUUACAGAUGAUUUCUCUCCUCCCACUGAUGAUGGCCUGUCCAAAACACAAGACCAAAACAAAUCUCACAUACAAAGGGACGUAAAAUCUGCCGUGUGCUUUAUUCCUCUACGCAUCUCUCCACCGGUUAGGCAAAGCCAGGAACGAUAUUAAGGCAACGAUGGUCUCGCCUGUCACUGUGGUCAAAAGUGAAGGCCCGAAGCUUGUGCCGUUCUUCAAAGCCACCUGCGUCUACUUUGUUCUGUGGCUGCCCACCUCGAGCCCCUCCUGGUUUAGUGCCCUCAUCAAAUGUCUGCCCAUUUUUUGUCUCUGGGUUUUCCUGCUAGCCCAUGGCAUCAGCUUUUUAGGUGCCCACUCCAGUGCCAGGAAAAUCCUGGCAGGACUUAUAUUUUCAGCUUUGGGUGACGCAUUUCUCAUCUGGCAAGAGCAAGGCUACUUUAGUCACGGACUGCUAAUGUUCGCCAUCACCCACAUUCUCUACUCUUCGGCCUUCGGGAUGAAGCCCCUAAACUUCAGAGCAGGUCUGAUCAUUUCCGUCAUAUCGGGCCUUAGUUACAGUCUCCUCUACCCCUACCUCUCAGGUCCUUUUACCUACUUGGUGGCCGUUUACACUGCUCUCAUCGGAUUCAUGGGCUGGAGGGCCAUCGCCGGCGUCCAGCUCGCCAAUGACCUCUGGACCUGGACGAAACUUUCGGCAUGUCUCGGAGCCGUCCUCUUCAUGGUGUCCGAUCUCACCAUCGCCGUCAACAAGUUCUGUUUCCCCGUGCCUCAUUCCCGACUCAUCAUAAUGGCGACUUACUACGCGGCACAGAUGUUGAUCGCUCUGUCAGCCGUUGAACGCCAAGAUGCUGAUGUGUCUUGGAAAAGAGCCUGAGGAACUGCAUCUUAACCAGUUUUUUCCACAGCCGCUGCAAAGGUUCAAAUCUUCUGGUCCAUCCGUGGUUCCCCUGUCUGAAUUUGCGAUUUUAAGAUGAUGCAAGACCUGAAUUUAACGUCUUUGCUUCAGGUAUUUCCCAUUAUUGCUACAACCAUGGCACUUAUGACCUGAGAACAAGAGCCUGGAGUGAUUUGGGAUAUCUGGAAGCUACUUUCAGGCCUUCGGGAUGGACCGGAAAAAACACAAUGUGGUUCAGGUUUUGCAUUGCGGGCUCACCUUAGAUGUUCCAGACAUGACCAACAUUUUAGUGUAACUAUUAGUGCUGCUGUACCGAUAAUCAAUGCACAGGUCUUCGUAGUUGUCUUGAUGUGUCGUUUCAAAGUCUCGAUUUUUAUUAUGUUACUUGAGUUCAUACACAAAACGUCCACGCCUACAUGAGUAAACAUGCUGGCUUCAAAUAGUCCAUCACGCCCAACAGACUGCAUCAAGUGGUGGCCUCUAUGCUUUGCGAGAUGUGACCAAAGCAGAUAUGACGAAUCUUUCAAUUUAAAGGACUGAAGUUUUGCUUUCUUAGGAGGAAAUUUGAGGACAUUGUCUGUUAUUUUUCUCUUAGGUUUCCGCUAAGUCAGCAACAUUGUGCAAUAGUUCAUGAGGAAACCGCAAAUAAGUAUUAGCUUUACUGAUUAUUUUGUAUGUACAGUAUCAGAUAUUGUUUUUUAAGAGGGUGUGAUGUCAGGUGUGUACCGAGCUUCCAACCACUUUCAAUUGCCAGCGGGAGAUAUCUUAGUAAAGGGAAAUGGGGAAACGCCACGUUAGGAAAAACAACAUUGGCUUUCGUCGAGAAAAUCCAUUCACGUGGAUCUCAUUUCAUUUACAUUUCCACCUGAAAAUGUGUGAACGUUUCAGAGCAAUGUUUUUUCAACAGUUUUGUAAAUCUCGCGACAUUAUGUCUAGUUCAUAUUUCCCCACAAAAUCAGAAGAAAAAUAAUAUAGGUAUAAUUUGUGUAAAGAUAAAGAUAUUAUUUUUUUUUUGCAUUAUGAAAUUAAACAUAUAAGUAUGUUUACGUUAAUUUUUUUACAUUAAAAUGUCAUUUCAAUUAAAUAUAAAUAUACUAAAAUAUAAUAUAAACUUUCGCAAUUUUUUUUUUUCGAUUUUGGGGUGAAAUACGACGUUUCUUAAAUGGCUUAGUAAAAUUCGCAUGUUUAGUCAAAUAGCGUGUACUGUACUUGAAUUGAACUGAUCACCGUUUCGUUCUGUAAUUUUUAAUAAGGGAUCAUCACCUGAUCUUUUACUGAUAGUAAAUGAAGAAAAUCAGCCUGGAUGGAAACUCCACCUGAUGUGAUACCUGUAUGUACUCAGCUGCUGUAUGUGUUAGUGGAAACAAGUGAAGGCAAACACAGCUGAACACCUAAGCUGUUAUUAAAACGAUACAGCAGGCUUAAUAUAACUGUGACGCACAUAAGACAACAUCUAGUGGUGAAUUGGCUUUUAUUGAACACUAGUUGGAACAGAUUGCAUUAUUUAUUGAAAGCGAACGCUACACUGUUAAAAGCGAAAGUUGGAUUAACUUUAAAAAUUACUUUAAUUGGGAACACCUAAUUAAUUUAAUUUAUUUCAGCUUAAAUAUUCUCACUUUUGGGGAAAAGUUUAAAUUGAAAAGUGUUUAUUUUUUCACCUACCUUUUUUUACUUAAAGGGACACUCCACUUUUUUUGAAAAUAUGCUCAUUUUCCAGCUCCCCUACAGUUAAACAUUUGAUUUUUACAGUUUGAGGAAUCCAUUCAGCUGAUCUCCGGGUCUGGCGGUACCACUUUUAUCAUAGCUUAGCAUAAUCCAUUGAAUCUGAUUAGACCAUUAGCAUCAUGCUAAAAAAUAACCAAAGAGUGCAGAUAUUUUUCAUAUUUAAAACUUGACUCUUCUGUAGUUACAUCGUAUACUAAGACGGCAAUGUCUUACUUUCUAUAGCAGGGGAAUAUUUUUGGGGAAUAUCAUUGCGCCUCCUGCAGCCAUGUUACGGCAGCAAAGUCCUAGGUCAUUACCAUAGAUAUAUACACUAGAUGUCGCCUUGGUUCUCUGAGUAUGCGUCAAAACCGCCGCCAUCUUAGAAAAGGGGUCUUGUCAUAGGAAGUAUCUAGGUAAAGCUGCUAUCUCCGCCUGUACUUCGAAUUCAUGGACGAUGCCGGACUUUUGUGCUGCGUAUGGAUGUUAGGGCUACUAGCACUAUGCAUUACAGUUAGAAAAAGUAAAUUUUCAUAAAAUCAAAACUUUAAUUUUUUCCUGGACUAAAUGCUAAAUACAUGUCUGACUGUUGAAACGAACCAAAAGAAAACCAAGAAAAUCGCGUUCACGACGAUUUAUGGUGAUUUUAUUUCUGUUCCACCAUUGCCUACAAUGACGCUGAUGCGGGAUUCCCCUGUUUCAAGAUGGCGGCUCUGUUUGACGCAUUCGGUCCAAUGAACUGCCGUAGCCAAGGCGACAUCUAGUGUACAUAUCUAGGGGUUAUUACGCCAGAAUGAGAGUAUAGUUCCUAGCUAUAUCUGCCUAGAAAAUCGCAACUUUUUUUGUCGGUCUUAAUACACGAUGUAACUACAGAAGAGUCAAGUUUUAAAUAGGAAAAAUAUCGAAACUCUUUGGUUAUUUUUUAGCGUGAUGCUAAUGGUCUAAUCAGAUUCAAUGGAUUAUGCUAAGCUAUGCUAAAAGUGGUAGCGCCAGACCCGGAGAUCAGCUGAAUGGAUUCCAAAACGGUAAAAAUCAAAUGUUUAACUCUAGGGGAGCUGGAAAAAUAGCAUAUUUUUUUAAAAACAAUAGUGUCCAUUUAAAGUUAAAAAACGUCCCUUUUUAAGUUUUACCAAUUAAAGUAUUUUUUUAAGUAGAUCCAAUUUUCAUAUUGAACAGCGUAUAUUACAGUGACGCUGUGCUGUCCCGCACUGUUACGUUCUUCGCAACAAAAGUUUGGGAAAAUUUGUAAAAAUUUCUAUUUCAUAAUUAAACGUAAACAGAACGAUUUUUUCUGUAAAUUCGUCGUAAAUCCAUUUAUCCAUUAUGUUCAAGUAAAUGCGAUGAUUUUCAAACGAAUAACGAUGAAAUUUGUUGCGUUGCAUUUUGUAAAUGAAAGCUUUUGGAGAGUCUAUCACUUGCAGCAUCGUUUUCAUUUGCGUAAAAAAUUAAACGUGGCAUCCCGACUCUCUUCUCCGUCCACUUUGCGUUUCUUCAUUUAACCGUCACUGCUGCUGUCAUCACGCACACACUGGACUAUUUUAGCACACCCUACUGAAAAAUCCAGCUAAGACCAGCAUAAGCUGGUGAGUUGGUUUUAGCUGGUUUCCCAGCUUGGUUUUAACUGGUAUUGCUGGUGUAGCAAGCUGGUCUAGCUGUGUUUAGGUCACUUUUUAUGCUGGACUUAGCUAGUCAGGCUGGAAGACCAGCUGACCCACCAGCUUGACCAGCUUUGCCAGGCUGGGAGAACCAGCAAAAACCAGC